CAUAGUUACAACCACAGGGCACACCAUCCUCCCAAUCAUGGCAACAGAGGCCGCUUGAGACGAUUUCGCAGAGUUGAGGCGCUGACCAAUUAAUCGAUUCGAGAAGGUGGGGGGAGGAGAAACAGAGCAAAUUUGCAUGGCAGCGGGGCUCCGGAAAUACCAAGGCUUCGAUUUGUCGUGUUAUUCCCAACACAGCAAAUCCGAGAGAGCAAAUUAUGAAUUAUGAUGAACCAACACGACACAUGCCGCUUCGGCGCGCUCGUCGAGUGGGCAGAGCAGCACGGAGCCCGGCUGCAUCCGUCGGUCGAGAUCUACCUCGACCCCGUCAGCAAAUACUCGCUCCGCGUCAGCCCGUCGGCGACCGAGGGCCUGCAACCGGGUUUCGCCGCAGUCAGCUGUCCGGCCCGAAUCACGCUGUCGUAUCUGAACGCCCUUGUCGACGGGCUCCUGGACCCCUCGGCUCUGUCGGAUCGGUCGGCUCAGUCGGCUCGGCUGGACCAAGAGACCUCCUCGACCGGCGCGUUCCCUCCCCGCUUCACCCGGUCCGUCCCGCCCCACGUUCUCGGCCGCUUCUUCCUGGUCAAGGAGUACCUCAAGGGGAAGGAUUCCUUCUGGUGGCCCUACAUCGCCACCCUCCCACCUCCCGAGCAGGUCGCCGUCUGGGCCCUGCCGCCCUUCUGGCCCGACCAUGACAUCGCCUACCUGGAGGGCACCAACGCCCACGUGGCCAUCCAGGAGAUCCAGGAGAACGUCAAGCGCGAGUUCAAGCAGGCGCGCAAGCUGCUGAAGGAGGAAGACUUCCCCGACCUGCCAGCAUACACCCAGCUGUUGUACAAAUGGGCCUUUUGCAUCUUCACCAGCCGCAGCUUCCGCCCCUCCCUCGUCCUCUCCGACGCCACCAAACGGCGCCUUUCCGCCCUCCUCCCGCAGGGCGUCCAGCUCGACGACUUCUCCGUCCUGCAGCCCCUGCUCGACAUCGCCAACCACUCCCCGACCGCCCGCUACACCUGGGACACCACCAGCGUCCCGGACACCUGCCGGCUCAUCUGCCACGACCCUUACCAGCCCGGCACCCAGGUCUACAAUAACUACGGCCUCAAGACCAACAGCGAGCUGCUCCUCGCCUACGGCUUCAUCCUGCCCGAGACGCCUUCCCUGCACAACGACUACGUGCACGUCCGCAAGCGGGCCCGGCAGCAGCCCCAGCCCCAGCCCCAGCACCAGCAGGAACAGCCCCCACCGCAGAGCUUCCUGAUCUCGCUCCGGCCCAUGGCGCACCCCAGCUCGCUCGCC